AUAAAUCUUUCCGGGGGAAAUUUAAAAGCUUUCGCUGUCUAUGUCCAGUCUCCUGCUGGGCGUGGAUAAAUAAACAACGCACGCAAGGAAGAAGAGGGCGUUUGUGAGCCGAAGAGCUUCUCAGGGGUGGCAGCAUUCCCGCUGUGAAGUGAUUUGAAGACACACAUUUAAUUGUAUGUCGGUUCGGAUAAACAGCAGCAGACAAAGAACAAAGAACGGCGAGUGGCGAGCAUAUUUACAUCGUAAGAAUGUGGGCCUCGCAGAGGAGCAACAGCGCGCGUCAGCUGAUGAUAGAUUGCGAUGCUAGUUCUAGCGUGUUUGUGUAACGUAAUCGAAAGUGCUACAAAAGGGCGACGAGUGCCAAGCACGUUACGAAAUCGAACUGCUGAUCAGUCGAUUCUGAGCGAUGUAAUUGAACCACGGAACCACAUACGAUCGGUGUACGGUUCAAGAAGCAAUCGUUGAGCGUUUUUGAUGAAUGAUCAGUCCAACGAACUCAACUGGAUGUUCUUGGCUGUCUCCUUACACCAUCGAUUUCGAGCACUACGACAAGCACUACUUUGUGCUUCCGAUCAACAACAAGGACAAAUGGUACCGCACCUGCAACCGGCAGAUCAACCAGCAGUGGAAGCGCAUCCGAACCGAGCGGCUGAAGACGCUCGAACAUUCGCCGGAAAUGCCACCGAGCCUCAUCAUUGCCAGCGGCGAGAACGAUCGCGUACAGGUCAUUGCCCUGUGUUCCAUCUCGAAAAUUCCUUCCUGCGCCCGGCGCUGCCUGCUCGAGGUGAUCGCAACGCAGGAGUACCUGUACUACCUGAACAUCGAGCACAUCUUUGUGGCGCUGCGCGAUCAGCACGUGUUUCGGGCCAAGUUCCGGUUCAGCUUUACGCGCGCCCGGGCGUACGGUGCGAUACUGGAGCGUAACGAGCCGCGCGGCGUGUCCAAAUUUAUCCUCGCCAGCGAACCGCACCGGUACGUGGUGCAGCGGUACGAAUCGUCGGAGGAGGAGCUGUACGCGCGGCGACAAAACUGCUACUACUACUACUACUACAACGAGGAGGAAGACGACGACACGUAUCAGGAUUACUAUAGCUGCAAGAAGCGGAUCGCGUACGAUGGUCCACCACCACCGACCUCGAAUGAACCGUACCUGGUGGUACCGAUCCACCGGCAUCCGGAGCUGAAGGAGCAGUGCGUGCGGUUAAUAAACACCGAGUGGCCCCGGUCGCGCAUGGCCCGGUUCUGGAGCUUCGAAACAUCCACCGACACGCUGCCGAUCACGCUCGUGCUGACGCAGCUAAUCGACGAAACGGUGACCGUGCUGGGGCAUGCGAAAGUGUCGCCCGUGCCGGCCGACGACACCUCCGCCUACGUGGAAUCGGUUGUGGUGGACUAUCGCUACCGGGGACGGGGCAUCGGCACCCAUCUGAUGGAGGAGGUCGAGAAGUACUGCAAGGUGAUGAUGAACAUCAACCACAUGUACAUCGCGACGGACGGGCAGGAGGUCUUCUACGCCAAGCUGGGCUACAUCUUCUGCAAGGCGAUCAACAUCUUCGGCACGCGGUCGACGCGCAACACGGUCAGCAAGAAGCACUGGAUGCGCAAGGUGCUGUCCGACUGGGAACCGUACCCGAUGGGGUACGGGGACGAGGUGCCGAGCGAUCCGGUUGGCAGUGCGCUCGAGGUGGAGACCGGGCCGCCGCCGGAGAAGCUGUGCGUCGACCAGCUCAUCUGGAACAUUCGCAACAUCGUGUACAACCAGACGAGCGUGACGCUCCGGAAGCACAAGGCGGCGUACAAGGGCGAUGAGAUCGUGUACGAUAUGCUGCUGAAAAUGCAUGCCAUUUAGGGGGGGAGGGGGGGUUAGUUAGAAGCGCUGGGAGUUGUUGUAUUUGCAUGCGGAGAAUUAUUAAAGAAUCGUCCUGAAACACAACCUA